UGCCCCCUCACCUGGGAUCAAGACCCUUCCCGGGGGCAAUCACUGACCACAGGCAGGAGUCCCAGUGUCACCAGCCGCAGGCUCGCAGGCCGGUGGCCCAGGACGCGCUCGGCACGCCGGCUGGGACCCGCUCCACGCCGCCAGCCAGGUCCCUCCCCCGCGCCGGCGGCCCCUCCUCCCGAGCCCUGGAGCCCGCCCCAGGAGCCCCAGGCCACUGCCCGGAGGUCCAGGGCUGCGAGCCCCGGAUCUCCGCGCCGGAGCAGCCGGCGGCGACCUCGCCCUCGUGGUCCUCGCGGUCGCAGACCUCGAGCCUGGGAACGAGCGGCACGUCGCCGCGCCCGACCGGGCGGGGCCCGAUGGCGGCCUCCGCGUGGAUGCAGGCCGGCCUGGCCCGGGUGCUCUUCUAUCCGACGCUGCUCUACACGGUGUUCCGCGGGAAGGUGCGGGGCCCGGCGCACCGCGAUUGGUACCACCGCAUCGACCACACGGUGCUGCUGGGCGCGCUGCCGCUGCGGGGCAUGACGCACAAGCUGAUACAGGACGAGAACGUGCGCGGGGUGAUCACCAUGAACGAGGAGUACGAGACGAGGUUCCUGUGCAACUCCUCAAAGGAGUGGAAGAGAGUAGGCGUGGAGCAGCUACGGCUCAGCACAGUCGACAUGACUGGGAUCCCCACCUUGGCCAACCUACACAGAGGAGUCCGGUUUGCACUCAAGUACCAGUCGUUGGGCCAUUGUGUCUAUGUACAUUGUAAAGCUGGACGCUCCAGAAGUGCCACUAUGGUCGCAGCAUAUCUAAUGCAGGUACACAACUGUAGCCCGGAGGAGGCUAUAAGAGCCAUUUCCAAGAUCCGGUCCCACAUCUACAUCAGACCUGGCCAGCUGGAAAUUCUCAAAGAGUUCCACAAGGAGAUUUCUACAGAGUCAGCAAGAUGACAUUUAUAUCACAUGAAAGACAUGAAAUAUGUGGAUUUGAAAGAACUAGACAGUGCUGCUUGAUACGAAAUAAAAGAAGUUUUACAGGACCAAAAGGGCUUCAGCCCAGACUUGACAUAACAGAAAUGUGCUAAGUAGUGGACAA